AUGUCGCCGAAAUUACUGGCAUACUUCUUACUUCUGUCAGUUUUUCAUACAUGCUCGCAAACAAUUGAGUACGAAGAGGAGUACGAGGAUGUUACUGUGAACCAAAUGCUGGCUCCGAAAUCACAGGAAACCGAUGCCACAGAGAUACUCAACAAUUUGCUGAAGGAAUAUGAUAAGAAACUGCGACCGGAUAUCGGAGUUAAACCCACUGUCAUAGAUGUUGACAUAUUUGUGAACAGCAUCGGACCCGUGUCAUCAAUAAAUAUGGAAUACCAAAUCGACAUCAUCUUUGCGCAAACAUGGACAGACAGUCGGCUCAGAUACAACAGCACAAUGAAAAUAUUGACACUGAACAGCAAUAUGGUCGGACUUAUUUGGCUACCAGACACCAUCUUCAGAAAUUCAAAGAACGCAGAUUCCCACUGGAUUACAACGCCCAAUCAGCUCCUAAGAAUAUGGAAUGAUGGGAAGAUACUUUACACCCUAAGACUGACCAUAAACGCAGAAUGCCAGUUGCAGCUGCAUAACUUUCCGAUGGAUGAGCACUCCUGUCCACUCAUCUUCUCCAGCUAUGGGUACCCGCAAGAUGAAAUGAUUUACAAGUGGAGGAAGAACUCUGUGGAGGCAGCUGACCAAAAGUCCUGGCGCCUCUACCAGUUUGAUUUUAUGGGCUUGAGAAAUACUUCAGACAUAAUACAGACUACAGCAGGUGACUAUGUGGUGAUGACCGUCUACUUUGACCUGAGCAGAAGGAUGGGCUACUUCACCAUCCAGACGUACAUCCCCUGCAUCCUGACGGUGGUGCUCUCCUGGGUUUCCUUCUGGAUUAAAAAAGACGCCACACCAGCCAGAACAGCGUUAGUUUUUUGUUAUCUCUCCACCGGGUGCCCUGGCCAACACAACUGCCCUGCAGGUAUAACCACAGUGCUGACCAUGACGACGCUCAGCACAGUGGCCAGGACAUCACUGCCCAGGGUGUCUUAUGUCACUGCCAUGGAUCUUUUUGUCACUGUCUGCUUCCUCUUCGUCUUUGCUGCUUUGAUGGAGUAUGCCACAUUAAAUUACUACUCGUACAGCACUCGAAGACCCAGUUGCAGCAAAACUACAAGAUCGAACUACUCUGUGUUGGAUGUGGGACCGCCACACACUGUCAUCACUUUAAACAACUCCAUGUACUGGCAGGAGUUCGAGGACGCUUGUGUCUACGAGUGCCUGGAUGGAAAAGACUGCCAGAGCUUCUUCUGCUGCUAUGAGGAGUGUAAAGGAGGUGCAUGGCGAAGAGGAAGCGUUCACAUAGAUAUACAUGAACUGGAUGCAUACUCACGUGUUUUUUUCCCCACCUCCUUCUUGCUGUUCAAUGUUGUGUACUGGGUAGGCUAUCUCUACCUUUAGCACGAUGCAGGAGGAGUUUCAUCACAAAUGAAGGACAACAGAGCGUGAGAACAUGAAUGAAAGACUCAUAACAGGUAACAUCAAAUAAACUCUCUCCUGUUACCUAAAGCAAGUACCUGGAGACAAAAUCCUUAACAUAGUCAGGAGGACCGCCUUUGUCUGCAGGCCUUUCCCUAACAGAGAUUUGUGCCUCUCUGACUUCAGGUAUAUAUGAAAAUACGACACAUAAUUUAUUAUCUUCAUAUGCUGUACUCUUAGGGGGAGGACAGGGUGUGCUGUUUGCUAAUGAUUAUACCAAGAAAAAUAGGGGAAUGUGCUUUGCAGUGCUAACCCAAUGUCUCAGUUAAGAGGCUUAGUUAUAUUUUAGGUCCUUUACAAUUACUGGGACUUUGUUAUACAGCUAUCAGUCAAAACCAGUUGAUGAACAUCCGAGGACACAAAC